UAACAAAUGACGCCAUAAAGCCUGUGACGUCCAAUCAUAGCGUCUCGGGUUCGAGUGUGCACGUGCGCUGCUCAGAAUCCGUCCGGCUGCCUGAAGGAGAAGAAGAGCUCCACGCACCAAGCGGAGAGUAUUGCACCGGCUCCUCCCGGGGGAGAAAAGGCGCCGUCCGACUCAGGAGUGCGGACCCCCCACCCCACCACCACCAGAAAGAGAAGAAGAAGAAGAGGAGAAGGGCUGGUCGGAGAAGAGCAGCGAGCUCCGUCGGGCGUGGCGAGCGAGACGAGACGAGCCCCCGCAUCUUUGUUCGCACAACUUCGUCCACCAUGUCGCUGUCGGUGCCGCAGAACGGAGUGAAGGCGGACAACGAGCCCGUCAUCGAGCUGUUCGUGAAGGCGGGCAGUGAUGGCGAGAGCAUCGGGAACUGCCCCUUCUCUCAAAGGCUCUUCAUGAUCCUGUGGCUCAAAGGAGUCGUCUUCAACGUCACCACGGUGGAUCUCAAGAGGAAGCCGGCCGACCUCCAGAAUCUGGCCCCAGGCACGCACCCGCCCUUCAUCACCUUCAACGGCGAGGUCAAAACUGACGUCAACAAGAUCGAGGAGUUCCUUGAGGAUGUCCUCUGCCCACCCAAGUUCAUCAAGCUUGGUGCAAGACACCCCGAGUCGAACACAGCUGGUAUGGACAUCUUCGCCAAGUUUUCAGCUUUCAUCAAGAACUCAAAACCAGAUGCAAAUGAGGCUCUGGAGCGCGGGCUGCUGAAGACACUGCAGAAGCUGGACGAGUACCUUCGAUCGCCGCUGCCUGAUGAGAUCGACCACAACAGCACCGAGGACGUCAAGGUCUCCAAGCGCAAGUUCUUGGACGGCGACGAAAUGACUCUGGCCGACUGCAACCUGCUGCCCAAGCUGCACAUUGUGAAGGUGGUGGCCAAGAAGCACAGAGGUUUCGACAUUCCCAAAGAAAUGACGGCCAUCUGGAAGUAUCUGAACGUGGCCUACACGCGCGAGGAGUUCACCAACACCUGCCCCAGUGACAAGGAGAUAGAGAUCGCCUACGGAGACGUAGCCAAGAGGCUGGUCAAAUAAGCCCCAUCUGCCCCCGACCACCGACCUCCAUCUGUCACCCCGUAACCCCUCCCUCCCUGCUGCCCCUGCACCUCUGUCUCUCCUCGGCACCAGGACUGAUGUGCUCAUUCACGAGAAAGAAAAAACAAACAAACUCUGGACUUCUAUUCCUUCUCUCCUCAGUUAGUGCAUGAACACCUCUCGAUCUCUGUCUCCCUCUCUGUUUCUGCCCCUCAGAUUUGUAUGAAGAUCUCUUCAGUUGGUACAGCAAAGGUCACAGUCGUUCAACCUCCACUUGCUUUUGUUUUUCAUUUGCUGAUGAAUGUCGUGAGGCGCUGUGAGAUGGCAGGGUGAUGGCCCGACGUGUGUCAGUGCUAAUCGAAGUCAGCAGCCUCAUCAAACACACUCCCUGAUAAGUGACCUUCACGCCGACCUUCUCGCUCUGUGAAGGGGAAAGGUCACGAGCUGUGUUCUUUUUUCUGUUUGUUUAAUAUUGCAGGCGCUCUUUUUAGUUUUGCUAUAAAAAGGAAAGGCUGAGGAGCUUUUUGUUUGUUUGCUUCCUGUCUUUUGGCUUAUUAAGAGGCGUUGUAAACAGUGUUGAAUCUUCAGUGUUUUUUUUGGCAUAAGCGUUUGACAGGGUUAAUGUAGAAGCUGAAGCUAAUCCAAACCUUGGGAGUGGUUGACAUAUCAAGUCAUGAGAUGCUUUAUUUUAUGUUUGAGUUAAAUCAAAAAUAAUUGUAACUGCAGGUAAAGUUACCUGGUAUCCACGCUCUGAUUUCCUCAUUGCCUCAAUUGGGCAGAAGUCUUGUAGCUCAGCUCAGUAGAAUUGUAGGACGUUUCAACAACAGCAACAACUCAGGAAAAUUAUAACCUGAGGUCUAGAAAAAAACAAACAUAUAUUCAACUCUAAGUACCUUACAGACAUGGUCAAGGGUGUAUAAUAUCCAGACUGGCCCUUUUUUUGUACAUCACCCUAUUACCGUAGAAACUGUCCACACAGUCUCUAGAUUACACACCGCAGACCAAAAAGGGGGCACAUUAUUGAAAUUACUCUGGCUAUAAAACCAGUGAAGUCAAAAAGAGAGAACCACAUUCUCACUGUCUGUUUCCACUCAUCGUACAGAGUGAGGAACACUAAUGUGCGCGUAAAGCGACCAGGAAAGGCAACACUAAAGAUAUUUAUGAUAAAACCGAAUCCAGGAGAGUAGCAAUGGAAUAUACUGUGUACCUGAUCAAAUUCCACUUUCUCGUCAGUAAGUAGGUUGAUCUCUAUGCUAGUGAAUGUAUGUAGCGAUACAGUAGCUCCAAAAGUGCUUUAGUGCGGGAAAAAGACAAAACCCUUUCUUUUUUCUUUCUCCCAUUUGCCAUGUUUUUCAGACAUUUGUUAUGAAACAAUUUCGAUGGGGGAAAAAAGGGACUUGUAAAUAUUUUUUUCUGAUUGCUCAGAAUUCAAUGUGUAAAUUUUAUACAUGUCAUCUGACUUUGGGGGAAACCAGGCCACUUGCCUGCUUGGAUUUUGAUUCUAGACUAACCCAUCUCCUCUUUUUGCCUUACUGGUUUUCUCUCUGCAGGAAGUUUUUUUUUGUUUUUUUCAGAGUCCAUGUCGUCACAACAUUUGUUGUACAAAGAAAAUAUCCAAGCUUUGUCCUGACUUUUUUCUAUUUUUUUUUUUUUACAAUAUUGACUGAAUUGAAAUAAAUUUCUGGCACUCUGAUUAAUGUUGUGCAAAGUUUCAGUUUUAUUAUGCGUACAGAUUUAGUGGCCUUUAGCUCUCAACUUCAUUUACUACUUGCAUGUUUUAAGAUAUGAACGCUCAUAUAGUCUAUAUCAAUAUCCCAAUUGGAGCAAGCCCCUCCCCCUUUCAAAUUUAAAACUUCUAGUUAAUAAAUGCUACGAAUCCA